AACGAACGUGUGCAAAAAGUCCGAGAUCAUUAGUUUUUAGAUCACAAUGCUUUGUUUUGAUUAAGAGCAAAUUCGAUCAUUUUUUAUCUAUAGCUAAUUCUAAGACUGGUUUUUAAUUAUCAGUAGGAGUAAAAUUUUAUUCAGAUUUCGAACGGGCUACUAGAAUGAACAGAAUUAUGAUUUUCUAUACAUAAAUAAGUAAAAGAUUAUCGAAUUUCUGUAUACGUGGAGCAUUCGUUUGAUUAAUUAAAUAGUAUUCAUAAUGAAUGUUGUUCGUAUUAAUUCGAGAAAUGUGAUUUUUAUUCUUCUGGCGAUUUUCUCGACUACUGCCAAGCAGGCUCAUAUGGGUUAUGAUCAUGAGAGUGCAAUCAAAUAUGCACAAAAAGAAGCUAAUGUAAACUCAACACCAGCUUACACUAGUACAAAGGAAGAAAUUAUAAGACUAUGUCCAAAUGGCAUUGCUUGUUCAGAAUUAAGUGGAGAUUGUUUAAAAUGUGAUUUAAAUCCCAAUUGUGUAUAUGGUGCUGUAUAUGUAGCUAAUUGUUCUGUUUUAGAGAAUAUUGAUUGUGUUGGUGAACAAUUCUUUCAAAAGAAGUAUAUAUGUCGUUACUGCUAUCAAACAGACCAUUGGGAGCAUGAAUGUCAACAUAAGAAUUCAUGUAGCUCUAUAGCAUCUCCACGACAGUAUUAUAGGACAAAUUGUACAGUAAAAGAUGAUAUAUUAUGUCUUGGAAGGCGUAGGUUUAUGAAAAAUUUAUUAUGCAAUUGGACUGUGGGAUAUCGUUGGUCUGUUGCUUUAUUCUUGAGCAUCACUUUAGGAGGAUUUGGUGCCGAUCGAUUUUAUUUAGGUCAUUGGCAAGAAGGAAUUGGUAAAUUGUUUAGUUUUGGAGGACUUGGAGUAUGGACAUUAAUUGAUGUGAUGCUUAUAUCUAUGAGAUAUUUAGGUCCAGCAGAUGGAUCAUUAUAUGUUUAAAUAGAUGUAAUAAUAAGUAUAUUGUACAUAGAAAUAGUAAAAUUUAUAAUUUUAUAAGUUAUAGAUUUAAGUAAUUGGAUUUAUUGGUUAUUCAAUCAGUAUCUAGAAAAAGUGGAAUUUUUACCUAUCACUUUCAAAAGAACUGAAUUAUUAUGUGAUAUAUAAAUGAAACAUUAAGUAGAAGCCUUUCGCGAGCAUAGAAAAGAUUAUGGUAUUGUCUAAUUUGUAUAAUAUUCUGAAUAGUUAAUAUAAUUUCAAAAUUAUUAAUGUACAUUUUAACUUGUGCAAUAAAACGGUAUUUUAUUGUA